GGUUGCAAAGAAGGACAACCUCGGAUGCACGGGCAAAAAUAAUUCAACGUGGGCGCCGGCGCUUCGAAUGAAGGCUGAAGGAAAUGAGAGAGAGACGCUUGAGAGUAAUAAGGAGAGGAUACUCAACACCAUUCACCAUCACAACACCGUUCACAGUAAAGAUGUUGGGCCUUCUAAGCUCAUCUUCUCGUUUUUCGCUUGGCAAAGCAGCUUUAAAGGGUGCAUCUCCAAGCAGUAUACUUUUCUCAAACGGUGGAAAAGCAGCUUUCUCUUCAAGCGCAAUCCGUCGUAGUUACGAAGAUACAAUCAAAAACAUUCUCGUAAAGAAAGAUUCAAAGAUUAUCUGUCAAGGCUUCACAGGAAAGACUGCAACUUUCCACUGCAAACAAGCGCUAGAAUAUGGUACAAACCUGGUCGGGGGUGUCUCUCCUAAAAAGGCCGGACAAGAACAUUUGGGAUUGCCAAUCUUUGCUUCCGUAAAAGAGGCUAUGCAAAAGACUAAAGCAGACGCAAGUGUCUUGUACGUUCCUCCUCCAGCUGCUGCAGAUGCAAUCAUUGAAGCAAUCGAGGCUGAAGUUCCUCUCAUCGUCGCAAUCACAGAAGGUAUUCCUCAACAAGAUGAAAUCCGCGUCGCACAUGCAUUGAAGAACCAAUCCAAAUCUCGUUUGAUCGGACCAAAUUGCCCAGGUGUGAUUAACCCUGAAGGUUGCAAGAUCGGUAUCAUGCCCGGUCACAUUCACACUCCCGGUAAGAUUGGUAUCGUUUCACGUUCAGGUACAUUGACAUACGAAGCCGUUAAUCAGACUACCGAACACGGUUUGGGUCAAUCAAUCGUUGUUGGUAUUGGAGGUGAUCCAUACCCAGGAAGUACAACUUUGGAUUUGGUGAAAUUGUUGUUGGAAGAUGAUAAUUCAAAAGGUAUCGUUUUGAUUGGUGAAAUUGGUGGAUCAAUGGAAGAAGAUGCAGCCGAAUACCUUGAAAAGCAUAAUAAGACACGCAAGAACCCUAAACCUGUUGUUGCCUUUAUUGCCGGUCGUACCGCACCUCCAGGACGUAGAAUGGGUCACGCAGGUGCAAUCAUUGCAGGUGGAAAAGGUGGUGCAGGUGACAAGGUUGCCGCUCUAGAAAAGGCAGGUGCCAUUGUUGCUGAUAGCCCGGCCAAGAUCGGAGAAUUGAUGAAGAAAGCAAUGGUCGAAGCAGGAUUAGCAUAAGAAGUUUAUACGAUAGAGUCAAUUCUGUAUAUGCUAAUUGUUGUCAAUUUAUAAUUUAUUCUGAGUAAUGUUACAAGUAAGAUUUCAUGCAUGCAAUGGUGGUGUACAAUGAAUAUUAUUACAGAGUGG